AUGGGCUGCGACUAUGUCGCAGGCUUGUGGUACAAUGAAUUAUUUUCACAACUUGCAUGGUACUAUGGGGUGAUCAGGUACGAGAAUGACGGCCGGAAGGAUGCCAUUGGGGAUGGGAUGACCUUUCUGCGACAAGGCUUCCACUAUACAAAGGAGUGGCGUGUAUCCUCGUGGUCAUGGGCAUCCUACCAAGGUGAAAUCACGUUUCUCAAAUUGGAUUUCCCAGAGGAGGAACAUUUGCAGGAUGACCGUGCUCUUGCAGAGAUUCUGAAAAUAACAAUUGUGCCUGAGAACGGAUCUGAUAAGUUUGGUCCCUUGGCUUCCACAUCUAUCACGCUACAGGGAGGCCCUUUUGAUGUGAUAUCGCUACCCCCUAGCAAAUAUGACGGUGGUUUCACACCGGUAAUCGACCGGAGGAGGGAUCAAAAUAUUACUUCUACGUCGAUGAUGAUGAUGAUGAUGCACUGA